GCAACCGCCUCACAGAUGUCGUGAUAGAGGCACGUGGGGUGGGGUGCUGUGGCUAAUCUCCACCAGGAGCCAAGCCAAGACGAAGGAACGGAACGAUAACGACUGGCUAUGUGACUGGUAAAACUCAGUCUCUCAACGCUUUGUUAGGCAAAAUUCUUUGCCUACAGCGAUUGUCUCAAUAUGUCGUCCUCCAUAUUGCUGACGCUGCGGAAGGCCGGUCAGCAUCUCGGUGUUGACCCAUCCAAGAUGGCAGGCCCGGUGCGAGAGAUGCUUUACCGGAACUGGUACCUGGGGUUCACGUGUUUUGGAGGACCGGCAGUUCAUUUUCAAAUCUUUCGGGAUUUAUUCGUGGACAAGUAUCAAUGGAUCGAUGAUCAGAUGUAUAAGGAGAUGUUUUCGUUGUGUCAGGCUCUGCCAGGACCGGGGAGCACGAAGAUGAUCUAUGCCAUAAAUCUCAUACAUGGUGGGUUUAUAGCCGGCAUUCUCUCAUUCUUCGUCUGGAGUCUUCCCGGUGCCAUUGCUGCAUACGGUCUCGCAAUAGGUGUGAGCAAGAUUAAUGAUACACUGCCAGCGCCAGUAUACGCCCUCCUCUCCGGUUUGAACGCUGCCACUGUUGGGAUUAUCGCUCUCGCAGCUGUGCAGCUCUCCCAGAAAGCCAUCACUGACAAGUUAACGAGGAUAUUGGUAUUCCUGGGCGGCAGCGCGGGAAUGCUAUAUAAUGCGCUCUGGUACUUCCCCGUCUUGAUGAUUCUGGGGGGAUGCGCGACUAUUUUCUGGGAUUAUAGAUGGGGACACACAGCUGUCAAGGCUGUCAAAGCAGGUGUCUUUGGACCACGGGAUCAGUCAAAUGUUGACAACGAGGAACAGCAAGUUAGCGACCAGGUGGAGCUACAGGACAUUUCGCAGUCCCGCCAUGAUUCAAUCAAGGACUCCUCGACAUUGCGCAGAGCGCCAGGAAGAACGUCACUGGCGGAAUCCUCUCCAGAGAACAUACAAGACCAACCCACAGAAGACGAUACCGCGCGCACCGUCCCCGCAAACCUAGAAUUUCGCGUCUUCUCCUGGAAACUCGGUGCACUCAUCACCGCCCUCUUCUUCACCACUUUCAUCGCCAUCAUGGUCCUCCGCGGCACCCUCACUUCUCCUCCCAUCGGUUUCAGCCUCUUCUCCAACCUCUACCUCGCCGGCACCAUCAUCUUCGGCGGCGGACCCGUCGUCAUUCCUCUCCUACGCGAAUACGUUGUCGCCGAGGGCUGGGUUUCCCCCCGCGACUUCCUCCUUGGCCUUGCCAUCUGCCAGGCCUUCCCGGGGCCAAACUUCAACUUCGCCGUCUAUCUCGGUGCGCUCGCCGUGGCGGCGCAUAUGAACCCCGCUGCGGGCGCCGUCCUCGGGUACGUGGCGAUAUUUACCCCGGGAAUCGUGUUGCAUACGGGCACCAUGGGAUUAUGGAAGGUGCUCCGUGGCUAUCGAUGGUUCACGUCGGGGCUGAGGGGCGUGAAUGCCGUGGCGGUGGGACUCGUCUAUACGGCGGUUUAUAGGUUGUGGGAGCAGGGGUUUUUGAGCGAGAAGUUUACGUCGGGGUCGUCGCUGGGGUUGGAUCCGUGGUGGGUGGUUGUGACGGCGACGUCUUUUGUGGGGGGUAGGUGGUUUAAUGUGUCGCCUCCAGUGGCUAUUAUCUUAGGAGGAGUUAUGGGGAUGGUUUGGUAUGGUGUGGUAUCUUCAUAGGUUGUCGCUGGCAGGCGUGAUGCCUUUACUGUUGCUGUGCAGUCAACAUGUAGAUUUGUAUAGGAUAUGAUAGACUAGACAUUGCUCUUUGAGUAUGGGAAAAAAUGCUGG